UCCGCCUUAUAAAUACCCAGAGCUGCUUCCAUUUGUUCGCUCUCUUACCCCAGAAGAAGUGGACCCUGGUAGGCAGUUGAUACCGUUUUAUUCCUAAGCAAACACCUCCAAAAAAAAAAAACGCAAACAUGAGCAGGAAAUUCUUUGUCGGUGGAAACUGGAAGAUGAACGGCGACAAGAAAAGCCUCGGGGACCUCAUCCAGACCAUGAACGCCGGCAAAGUGGACGCCAAUGUUGAGGUGGUGUGUGGUGCUCCAUCAAUCUACCUGGACUUUGCAAGGUCCAAGCUCGACCAAAAAUUCGGUGUAGCUGCUCAGAACUGCUACAAAGUUCCCAAGGGUGCCUUCACUGGGGAGAUCAGCCCUGCGAUGAUCAAGGACUGUGGGGUGAACUGGGUGAUCCUGGGACACUCUGAGAGGCGCCACGUCUUCGGAGAGAGCGAUGAGCUCAUUGGUCAGAAGACCGCCCACGCUCUGGAGAGUGGUCUCGGUGUGAUCGCCUGCAUCGGUGAGAAGCUGGACGAGAGAGAGGGCGGCAUCACUGAGAAAGUUGUCUUUGCUCAGACCAAGGUCAUUGCAGACAAUGUAAAGGACUGGAGCAAGGUUGUACUCGCUUAUGAGCCUGUGUGGGCCAUUGGCACCGGGAAGACUGCCUCCCCACAGCAGGCUCAGGAAGUUCAUGAGAAACUGAGGGAGUGGCUGAAGGUCAACGUUUCAGAGGCUGUAGCCAACUCUGUGAGGAUCAUCUAUGGAGGUUCUGUGACCGGCGGCACCUGCAAAGAACUCGCCUCCCAGAAAGACGUGGAUGGCUUCCUUGUGGGCGGAGCUUCCCUCAAGCCAGAGUUCAUUGACAUCAUCAACGCCAAGGCAUAAAAAGCCAGAAAGCUGCAACGAGACCACAUCAAGAUCAGAGGCCAGAUCUGUUAGAUGAUUUAAGUCCAUCAUCCCUUCUUUUCAGCACUUAGUUCUCCUUCCCUUUUUAUUAAACGUAUUUGUGUAAUGUUGUCAUUCCCUCCUUUUCCUGUAUUUUUGGUAUAUUUUGUUAUAAAGAAAAGGGACAGGUUGACACAUAACACUUUACUGCACUGAGAGUUAAGUCCACUGAGAUAGUCUGUGUGCUUACUAACUUCCACACAAAGUGCUCAAGCUGUAAAGACUAACAGUUACACCUUGACAUGGACAAGCAGUCCACACCUUUACUUGAAAAGUUUACAACUUUAGUGUAAACAGUGUCACAGCUCAUGUCAAUCAGAUAUAUUUGUAUUUUUAAUGUCGGUGUCUCUUUUGUGUAAUUAUGAUGUUCUGUGGCUUUGACCCCCUCCCCCCCAGACGUGCAUGAUCCGCUCUCUCAUUGGCUCUUCUGUCAUUGGGGAAGCAUACAUUUUAUGUUCAUCAUAUUUUGUCAUGGCCAAUGGAUGUAAGGGUGGGAAGGCUGUAAUGAAACAUUAUAAUAAACAGAGACUGUUUCAGUGUU